CUAAUGUAAUAUUAAAACUUACUUCGGAGAAAUGUUUCCGUGUCAACUUGUAAAGAAGUUCAGCAAAAUUGCAAGGAAUGCAUGAAAUUGACACAAAUGUUAUUUUCAAGGCAGCUCAGCAAGGAAAUAUAAAUUUAUUCAAAGAUUUAGGGAAGAAAGAAUUAUCAUCAUGGCUUCACAAGACAUAUUCGAAGUCUGGAGACACAGUUUUACAUUAUGCCUGUAGAUUUGGUCACUUAGAGCUGGUGAAAGUUUUAUUGGACAAUGGUGCUGAUUUAGAAUCAUCAAACUUUGAUGGAAAGAGAGCAUUACACGAAGCUGCACAGUAUGAUUGUUUAGGUUGUGUGCAAUAUUUAUUGAGUUAUGAAGCUCAAGUGGACAGUUUGAAAAGAGCUGAUUGGACACCUUUGAUGUUAGCUUGCACAAAGUCAAAUCUGAGAAUUAUACAAGCCUUGUUAGACAAGGGAGCCAACCAGACUCUCAGAAAUAAAGAUGGAUGGAAUUGUUUCCACAUAGCUACAAGGGAAGGUCAUGAAGACAUUUUAGAUUUCCUCCAUUCAAAGAAUUCAGAAGUCUGGGAUACCUGUAGUAAAAAUGGAAGAUCACCAUUACACACAGCAGCUUUACAUGGCUGUACCUCAGUGGUCUGUUUUCUUGUAAAGAAUUGUGCCUACCAAGUAGACCAGAAAGACAGUUGUGGAAGUACACCUUUAAUGGAUGCUUUAAGAUCAGGCCAUACUGACAUUGCAAAGCUUUUAUUAGACAUUCAAAAGGCUGAUGUAACCUUAGAAGAUAAUGUAGGGUACCAUGCACUCCAUCAAGCAGCCCAAGCAGGAUGUAUAGAAUCUGUCAAGUUACUUAUAGAGGAUAUUAGUUUGUCACCAAAUACAGUGUCCUCUAAAGGCUAUACACCUUUGAUGGUGGCAUCAAAGGAAGGCCAGACUGAUACUGUAAGGUUUCUACUGUCUGCAGGUGCUGAUGUAAAUCAUACUGAUACGAUGGGAAGAACAGCACUUCACAUUGCCAGUGGAGGUCAGCAUGCAGACACAGUGAGACUUCUACUGGAACAUGGUGCACAAAUGCUAAACGACAAAACUGGUACUACCCCAGAUAAACUAGCCAGAAAAGACAUUGUCAAAGAUGUGUUCAAAGUUCAUGGGGAAAUUACUUGAAACAAAUAAAAUAAUUUAAAUUGAA